AUGCCAGCUCAGUCCCCGUUUGACGCACCAUUCAGACUGUUUCUCACGAAAUUUUAUUUGGAGGAACUUCAUGGCCCAGUCCAUGGUCAGAAUGGCUAACUGUGGGUCUUCUGAUUUCAGUGCAUCUUGUUUCGCCUCCUCCUAAUUUACUGGAUGCACAAUGUGCGCUUUCUACAGCAAGAUGUCUGACUGUGCACGGUCAAAGUCGUAAAGGAUAUCGUCUCGUUGUUCGGAACUGUAAAGCUUCCAUGAUGACACUUCAAUCGCUAGUCACACUUCCUUUAGAACAAUCUUCAGCCCUUGGCAUUGCUCGCAAGUCAAUUGAUGCUGAUGUGGACAAGGAUGCUGGAGCUCGUGAUCAACAGGAUCACUAA